UUACAGGUUAUCAUAUAUGUCGAAUGUCCUCUGAUUAACAGGGGAGGUGGGAAGUCUUUUAAAACGGCAACAGUUUUUUUUUUACUGACAGAGGAAACUUGAUUGAAAAUGACCACUUGAGGUCUCUGUCCUACGACUGAAGGAGGACGGGAGACUGAUGGGAAACUGAAGUUGCAGCCCUACGACUGCUGAUCUGGAGAGAGUCCCUUACGCCCCGCGCAUUUGGAGGAAUCAACAUUGUCAGCAUGGCCUCAGCAUCCGAUAAGAACCGGCGACUUUUGAUGGAUCUUCUGGAAACAGAUGGAAAUGGAAACUGUGUUGAUUGCGGUGUGGCAGAGCCCAAGUGGGCAUCCUCCACCCUGGGUGUUUUUGUGUGCCACAGUUGCUCCGGCCUGCACAGGAACAUCUCCCAGAUCAGCCGGGUCAAGUCCAUCUUCAUGGACCCCUGGGAGGCAGAGGAGGUCAAGUUCAUCGCCUCUGCUGGAAAUAAUGCAGCUGUGGCCAAGUACGAGCAGAAGAUCCCCGCGUUCUACUACAGGCCGACCAACACAGACUGCAUGCUACUACGGGAGCAGUGGAUCAGAGCAAAGUACGAGAGGAAGGAGUUUAUAUUUGUGGACAGACAGGAACCCUAUUCGGCAGGAUACAGAGAGGGGUUUCUAUGGAAACGCGGGCGAGACAACGGUCAGUUUUUGAGCCGCAAAUUUAUCCUGUCGGAACGAGAGGGAGCCCUGAAGUACUUCAACAAACAGGAUGCCCGGGAGCCCAAAGCUGUGAUGAAGAUUCAGAACCUAAAUGCCUCGUUCCAGCCGUCUAAGAUCGGCCACUCACACGGCAUCCAGAUCACCUACCUGAAGGACAACAGCACCAGGAACAUCUUUGUGUAUCAUGAAGAUGGAAAGGAAAUGGUGGACUGGUUUAAUGCCAUCCGAGCUGCUAGGUUUCACUACCUACAAGUGGCUUACCCUGGAGCACCUGACACUGUUCUGGUGCCCAAACUGACGCGAAACUACCUGAAGGAAGGCCACAUGGAGAAGACCGGCCCCAGGCACACUGAGGGCUUUAAGAAGCGCUGGUUCACUAUGGACGACAGAAGACUCAUGUACUUCAAAGACCCUAUGGAUGCAUAUGCACGUGGUGAGGUGUUUAUUGGCAGUAAGGAGAACAGCUACACUGUCCUGGCGGGUCUACCUCCGACCACCCAGGGCAACCACUGGCAGUUUGGCAUCACCAUAGUAACCCCUGACCGAAAGUUUCUGUUGGCCUGUGAGACCGAGGCGGACCAGCAGGGGUGGAUUGCCGCAUUUCAGAAAGUGAUCAAUCGGCCGAUGAUGCCCCAGGAGUAUGCAGUGGAGGCGCACUUCAAACACAAGCCCUGAAGGAGGCGCUGUUUGCCUGUGGUGGGAUGGCCCAGAGGGCAGCGCGGUGGUCCUCAGGGGAUCGGAGGCUCCAGGAUGCCCAGGGUCAGUAUCUGAGAGAGGGGUCAAUGCAGACCGGCCCCAUUGAUCUCAGCGAAGAGAGAAGCUGGACCUUUCUCACUGCGUCCGCCUGUGCCUGUUAUUGCCAACAGCCUAAACUCCCUUCUCUCUUCUCCCUUUCUCUCUCUUUACCCAUCUUUCUCUCUCUAUCGCUUCCUCUCUUUCUCUCUCUCACACUCACACACACACACACACACACACCGAUUUCAAUACGCUAGAUCUCUUGAGCUCUCAAGUAGUGAACAUCAUAUACUGCUCACAUUGUCUUAGAAUGACUCCUGCUCAGUGGUCCAGUGCAUCUGACUAUCCGCUGCAUCCAGUGAAGCUUCAUAACGGACCGCCAAUCAAAACACAAAUCCUAGAUGACCAUCAGAAAUGAACGGACAUGUUGAAGAAUAUCAAAAAUCACUGGACAUUUGCAUCCAUAACUCCACAGAAUCUGCACAAGCUUUUGAAGUACACAGCCUGUGUGUUAAGCAGGUGGGCGCCUGCCUCAAUGUGUGAGUUUACAGCUAAAAAAAUUGGCAUUGUUGAUCUGAAGAGCUCCCAUUUGUCUCUGAAGCUGCUCCUGCAAGAACUGUACAGGCUCCUGUGCUCAUUGUGAGUGUAACUAAGGUUACCUGUGUAACUAAGGUUACCUGUGCUCAUUGUGAGUGUGUAACUAAGGUUGCCUGUGCUCAUUGUGAGUGUGUAACUAAGGUUGCCUGCUCAUUGUGAGUGUGUAACUACAGUAAGGUUGCCUGUGCUCAUUGUGAGUGUGUAACUAAGGUUACCUGUGUAACUCUGCUUUGCUCCUCUUUCCCCAAGGAACAGCAACAGCAUCUUCUAGUGGAGUUGUAUGUGUCAGUAAUCUAGUGAUCAAAGAAGGGUUCUCAUUGGUAUUUAUUUAUGUUUGUACUGAUAACUGUUACUGGUGGAGUUGUGAGUCUGGAGCAUCGAACAUGACUGUAUUAACUGUGCUUGACAAUAUGGGUAUAGAUCACUGUAAUAGCCAGUGCAAUGUAUGUCUAUUAUACAUUUUAAAACUACACCAUAAUGCAACUGUAAAUGCAGCUCAAAAGCAGAUGUGGCUGGUUAAGUCAGCUUUAUUUAUUGCAGUUGCUCAGUAGUAAUGGUACUGAUGCAAAGAUGAUGAUGGUAAAGAUUCCCAUGUUCCUCAUUUCUCCUCCAAUAGGGGGCGGUAGAAGCAAAGGUUUGUGGCAAUCUGAUAUUGUGUUGGAGCUCUUCAUCAAGUGCAUGUAGAAAUGAGUGACAGAGUUGACUUCAGUUCUAGAUGUUAAAAGUAUUACUGUGUUUUGACAAUUUCAGUUCUCACUGCAAACAAAAUUAAAGACUGCCCAAAAGACUUUCUUGUCAGAGUGUCAUUAAAACUUU